UUUAUAAAAUUGGAUUUUCACAACCUUUGCUUACAGCGAUAAUUGGAAUCCGAUCUGUGCAACAAAGUUCACCGAAUCGGCAAAGGGAGUGACUUCAUUACGUUCACAUCCCAUUUUUGAAAAAAAAAAAAAAAAAAAGGAAUAAGGGAUGAAUUCUGACAAAUGUCACCUUGCUCGGAAUUACGUCGGGCUAUAAAUUGCCGCCCUCCUGGAGCAUUCGCUCUCUGUUUUCGGGGUUUAAUUGUCACUGCUAAGUUAUUGCAAAGCAAGUAUUUUCUUUUUGGGGGCACUUAUUUGGUCGUCACUAGUUUGGGGAGGUGGAGUGUGGAAGGGCCGAAGGGGCAUCUGUUCUUCCGCAAGACUCGUCUGUUGACGCCGUUUUUGGAGUUGCUUUGGUACUCCAGAAUUGGGGGGCAGAGCAGACGAGGGAUUCAAUUGGAUUGGAGAUUGGAUAAGGGUUUGAUGCUGUAGUUGAAACCCUAGGUUUUCGGGGAUGGAUAAGGAGGAGAACAAGGUGAGUUUGAAGAGGAAGUUGAAAUCUGUGGAGAUAGCAGUUGAUACCGAUGAUGAUGAGCCGAUUGGGGCUCUGCUAAAGCUGAAGGGAAAGAGGAUUUCGAAGAAGAGUAAGGUGGUUACAGAUGCCAGUGGGAAGAAAGGUAAUGAGGCUGAAAAGUUGCCCACAGGGGAUGAUGAGUUGGUUUGUAUGGACGAUACAUUGGCAAAUUUUAGGAAGAAGUUGAGGGGUCCGAAGGCAGUUGUAGCCGGAAAGGACUUCAGCAAUUCUGGGGCAUUAUCUUGUCAAUCUGUUAAUGAUUCUGCAAAGGAUUCGAGACUAGAUGUAAUUUUGGCAUCUGAGGCACCGAAAAGAAGCAUAGGUAGUGGUGACAGUGUAUCUCAUGGGGAUGAAACUAUCUCAGAGGGUUUGAAGGCAAAAUCGAAAAAUAAGAGAUCGGAGAUCAGCUCAGAUGGCUUGGAUUACAGUAAGCCUGAGAAUCACGAGGAGGGAGGAGUCUUGGACUCGGAGGCUGAGGGUUUAGAGGAUUCACUAUAUGACUUUUUUCAGAAGGUGCAGUCUGGGAAGAGUUUGAAAUCUCGUAGAUUGAGACAGGGAAAGGAAGUCCAAACAUCUGGUGGCGAGCUAAAACCGAAGACAAAUUCAGAUGCUGGCUUGGAGGUUCCUGAUAAAAACUCUCCAUCUGCUUCAGAUCCUUCGAAGAACUUCAUGGUGCCUGAUGAUCAGGGUACUGUGAAAUCGCCAGGGAAUUCAAUUGAUCAGAAACCCGAGCAUUCUUAUGGUCUGCUUGAUUCUAUUCUGCCACUGGGAUCAGUUAAUGGAUUGAAUUAUGAUUCUGUUUCCUUGGUUGACAAUCCUUCUUCCAGUUUAAGGGCAUGUUCGAAUAAGAUUCCUGAUGUUGAAGAUGGGAAAAUUAACUCCAAUUCAACCAAUGAACUGCUCAAUUCAGAGGAUAUUCUUUGUAGAAAUGCUCAGCAGAUGGUAGCAAACGAUUUGGUGGCAUCAAUGUCCUUCUCUGGAGACUUAGGAACGAAUAGGGAUGACACAAAACAAGAGAAUCGUGGAGAUGAUGACAAAGGUCAAGAAGGAUCAGUUCUAUUACAGCUCCACUCACCACCACUUACAGUCAAUCCUCCACCGGAGGAACUUCUAUCUGCAGAUCGUGAUGGCCCAAUUGUAGUUGUUGGUAAUUGCUGUAAAGAGACAAUUCCAGCUCCGCUUUCUUCGCAAGGUGCAGAUGAUGAUGUAUCUGAGUGUCGGUCGUCGCCUAUUUCUACUAAUGAAGAUAAUAAAUACAUAGUUGCAUUUCGGAAGCGCGAAGACAAGUCUCAGAAAGGUGUUGAUGAGCCAGGACAUGAUUUAGAGACUUCUCAUACAUUGCCUGCAAGUGGUUUUCCUACAAACAACUCUGAUGAUCCUUCGGAGGAUGAAGCAAUCAACGGAACAUCUUUGGCAUCUGCUACACUGGAUAAUCAAGGAAGCAGUGGAGAAGAUAGGUCCCCUCUCGAUCUGGAAACUAAAGAAAACAAUCUAUCAGUUGGACAGCGAGCCGUUCGGAACGCCAAAAGGCAUAGGCACGAAGACAUGGCUUACGAUGAUGAAGUCGACUGGGAGGUUUUGAUGCAGAGUCAAGAACUGUUUCCAAGUGUUCAUAAAACAAGAGAAAAGCAAGACUCACUGCCUACUACACAAGAGGCUGACCCUAUAAAGGUAGCAGCCGUAGCUGCAGGGCUAAAAGGGCGUGCUGGUCCGCUUGAAAAAGUCAAGUUUAAAGAAGUGUUGAAGCGCAAAGGUGGCCAGCAAGAAUAUUUAGAGUGCAGGAACCGUAUUUUGAGGGCUUGGAACAAAGACUUUGGCCGCCUUUUGCGACUGGAAGACUUUAAUGUAUCUGAUUCUCCUUUGGAUGGUGAAAGCCCAUGUGAUUCUCUCACGAGAGAUGUUUUUAAGUUUCUUGAUCAACAUGGUCAUAUUAAUUUUGGAGUGCCUUCUGAAAAGAAGGCUGGUAGCCGCAUCAAGGAUGAGCUGAAACUUUCGACAGAGGACAAGUUAGGAGAAAAUCCAGAGGUCGGAGUUUCCAUUGUUCUCAGCAACGAAAAGAAACCUGAUACAUUGACACAGGGAAAGAAUGACAGUGUGUUUGCCAAUGAGAAGCUGAUGGGUAAAUCAAAUCCAGAAGAUGGACUAUUGGAGUCUUCAGGACCUUCUGCCGAAGGUAUACCUGAAGGAUGCCCCCCAGGUGAUAGUGAAGGAAUCAAUUCUCUCGAGCAUAUGACACCUGAAGAAGCUAAGAAUUCAAAGUCUUUGGACUCAAUUCCUUCUUGCAAAGACAUGUAUGACAAAAAAGUUUCUCCUGCCAAUCCUGACUUACCAAUUUCCGCCGAAGAAGUGUGUGGUGUGCCUAUGAAGCACUUUGAGGAUGGCUCUGAUAUUUUGUCAACAUCCAACAAUUGUGAUGGCAAUGAUAUGCAUUCGGAUUCAGGAUCAAAGAAGAACGUAAUAAUUGUAGGAGCUGGUCCUGCUGGACUAACUGCAGCACGCCACUUGCAACGCCAAGGUUUCAGUGUUACAGUGCUGGAGGCCAGGAGCAGAAUUGGGGGUCGUGUUUUUACUGACCGGUCCUCUUUAAGCGUUCCUGUAGAUCUUGGAGCUAGUAUCAUCACUGGUGUGGAGGCAGAUGUGGAAAGUGAGAGAAGACCUGAUCCUUCUUCAUUGAUUUGUGCUCAAUUGGGGCUUGAGUUGACUGUCUUGAACAGUGAAUGUCCUCUAUAUGAUAUCGUUACUGGUGAGAAAGUUCCACCAGCUUUGGAUGCUGAGGUGGAAGCAGAAUUUAAUAGCCUGAUUAAUGAUAUGGAUCAGUUUGCCGAUGAGAAAGGGCACCAGGCUAUGCAAAUGUCCCUUGAGGAAGGUUUAGAAUAUAACCUCCAAACACGUUCCAGGGUGUGCCCUCCACCAGAAAACAAUGAAGUUGAGCAUGUUGCCGAAGAUCUUGAAGCUCCGGUUGGUCAAGCAGAGAGUUUAAAUCCUCUUGAAAGGAGAAUCAUGGAUUGGCAUUGGGCCCACCUGGAAUAUGGCUGUGCUGCUCCCCUCAAUGAAAUUUCACUUCCAAAUUGGAAUCAGGAUGAUGUAUAUGGGGGAUUUGGGGGCCCACAUUGCAUGAUCAAAGGAGGGUAUAGUGCGGUUGUCGAAUCUCUUGCCCAAGGAGUUUGCAUCCGCUUAAACCAUAUUGUCACAGAGAUUUCGUAUAGCACUCCAGAUGAUGUAAAAAACAAUUUGCAUAAACGGGUGAAAGUCUGUACAUCAAAUGGCAAGGAGUUUUGGGGGGAUGCUGCCCUGGUUACAGUGCCACUCGGGUGUCUGAAAGCAGAAGCUAUCAAAUUUUCUCCAAAGCUGCCUCAAUGGAAAGAAUUGUCUGUCAAGAGGCUUGGAUUUGGGGUUUUGAACAAGAUCAUUCUGGAAUUUCCUGAAGUAUUUUGGGAUAACAAUGUCGAUUAUUUUGGGGCUACUGCUGAAGUUAGAGAUCAGCGUGGGCGGUGUUUUAUGUUUUGGAAUGUCAAGAAAACAGUUGGGGCACCUGUUCUGAUUGCAUUGCUUGUGGGUAAGGCUGCUCUAGAUGGCCAGCGCAUGAACCCUUCAGAUCAUGUGAGUCAUGCCUUACUAGUUCUUCGGGUACUGUUUGGGGAAGACAAAGUUCCUGAUCCCGUUGCAUCUGUAGUUACUAACUGGGGCACCGAUCCGUACAGCUAUGGUGCCUACUCUUAUGUUGCGGUGGGAUCUUCUGGAGAAGACUAUGAUCUUUUAGGACAGCCUGUGGAUAAUUGUUUAUUUUUUGCUGGUGAGGCAACGUGUAAAGAGCAUCCUGAUACUGUUGGUGGUGCAAUGAUUAGUGGUCUUAGGGAGGCUGUACGAAUCAUUGAUAUUUUGAGUACGGGAACUGAUUACACAGCAGAAGUAGAAGGCAUUGAAGCUGCAAGACGCCAUUCAGAUAUUGGAAGGACUGAAGUGAAGGACAUUGUCGCAAGGCUUGAUGCUGCAGAGUACACGAGCGCAUUGUUGAAGAAGUCAUUAGAUGGGGCCCAGGUUUCUGCUUGGGUCUCUAUGUUAAAGGAAAUGUUUUACAGUACAAAAACCAGAUCAGGGAGAUUGCGGCUGGCGAAAGAGUUGUUAAACAUUCCGGUUCGAUAUCUGAAGAGCUUUGCUAGUACAAAACAAGGGCUUAGAACCCUGAACUCGUGGAUUUUGGAUUCCAUGGGGAAGAAUGGAACCCAGCUUUUGCGCCACUGUGUCCGCCUACUUGUACUCGUUUCAAAUGAUUUGCUAGCAGUUCGUUCGUCAGGUAUUGGAAAAACUGUAAAAGAAAAAGUAUGUGUACAUACCAGCCGUGAUAUACGUGCCAUAGCUAGCCAGCUUGUGAGUGUAUGGGUUGAGCUUUUCCGAAAGGAGAAGUCGUCUAAAACACUCAAACUACUUAGGCACCAAACUGGUCUGGAUUCAAAGAGCAAAUUUUCUCAACAUUCUGGAAAACCACCAAUUCGCACACACUCCAGUGAUGUUAAAGCAAGCAUUAAAAAAGCUGUUGAUGAACUUGGUAGAUCAAAAACCAAAGUUCACAUUAAGUCAGAUGUUCAGCCUUCUAAUUCUCAUGGUUCUGCACAAAGCAAAAAGGAGCAGGAGGAGGAUCAUGAGAUUCCUAUGUCCGAAGAAGAAAAAGCUGCCUUUGCUGCUGCAGAAGCUGCCCGUGCUGCUGCAGAAGCUGCUGCCAAGGCAUUGGCCUCUGGUGCGAUGCAAAAUGCAUCACUUCAGCCUCCAAAGAUUCUUUCAUUUCACAAGUUUGCGAUGCGCGAGCAGCACACCCCAAUGGAUGAGUCUGAGAUUAGAAAGCAAUGGACUGGCGCUGCUGCGAUCGGCAAACAGGAUUGUUUAUCUGAAAUAGAUUCCAGGAACUGCCGGGUGAGGGAUUGGUCAGUUGAUUUUACUGCUACUGGUGUCCAUUUGGAGAGUUCCAAAAUGUCGGCGGAUAAUCAUUCUCAGCGAAGCCACUCAAAUGAGAUGGCAAAUCAGUUAAACAUCAAAGAACACUCUGCAGAGAACGUAGCUGUCGAUAGCUGCAUCUUGACAAGAGCUUGGGUUGAUAAUGCCGGCAGCAUAGGGAUAAAAGAUUAUAACGCUAUUGAAAGAUGGCAGUGCCAAGCAGCGGCUGCAAGUUCGGGGUUUUCUCAUGGAACAAUGCCCUUAACGGAUGAGGAGGAUUCGAAUAUGAGUUCAAAAUUGUCUAAGCAGAAGCGUGAUGCACUUGCAAAUGAGAGCUCUGCUUCCCAUGUUUCUAUACACAGAGAAUUGAAAGGCAAACCAAAUAGAGGACCCGAUCGUAUCAAACAGUCGGUUGUGGAUUAUGUAGCUACAUUGCUCAUGCCUCUUUUUAAGUCAAGGAAGAUCGACAGGGAUGGUUACAAGUACAUUAUGAAGAAAACUGCGACAAAGGUUAUGGAACAAGCCUCUGAUGUUGAGAAAUCAAUGACCGUUGACAACUUUCUUGAUUACAAACGCAAAAACAAGAUCCGAGCAUUUGUGGACAUGUUAAUCGAAAGACACAUGGCAACAAAGCCUGAUGUGAGAUCAGGAUCAUCCGACAAAGAUUAGCCUAUUGUCCGCUACACAGAAUCGUGAACUGUGAUAGACUUGUUAGUCGUUAUCCUAGCAGUCACCGAAGAUCAAAACGGAGGCUCUGCUCAUACUGUCCAACCAUAUAUUCUUCUCUUUGAAAUUUUAUAUCCAGACACCCCUUAGCAAAAGGCUCAAAAACCGUGGAUUGGGUGACAUCGUUUAUCUCAUAUACAUUUUGCAUUCAAUUAACAUUGAGUCAUGUUUUGUGAAUUUGUUAAUUAUAGUCUUGAAACUGUAUCUUAUUAGGGCAUAAAGACAAGAACCCCCUAACUGUUUUUGUCUGUAGGAUCUUUAAAGACUUCUGGAUGUGUACAUUCUAGACUUUUUUUUCAUCAAAACGAAUAUACAAAAUUCCCAUUUAGUAUUUUACUUUA